AUGGUGUUGCACAAGUGGGCGGUGGUGAGCAGAAGUGCUCCGCCGCCGCCGGGGCUGCGUCCUCUCGCCCGCGUGAUUCCGUCACACCCGAGGCUGCGCCCUGCCGACUACAAGAUCCCGUACGUGUUGCGUGCGUUUAUCAAGGACCGCCACACCAGUGACAUGCAGCAUUUGGAAAACAGGGGGAUGUUCGCCGAGGAGCUUGCGAUUGAGCGGGCGCGGUUUCCGCGUCUUCACAAGACCCUGACAAUUCAGACAGACGGUUCGCUUAACGAGCGGGAGUUCGAGUUUGUCGUGCCCCCAGUCGUCACACUCUUUCGCGAUAGACUUUCCGCCCAUCGUCAGCGUCAGUUGGAGCUGGCGAAGAUAGGGAAGCUGCGGAGGGAGCACAGCUGGGAGACGACGACGGUGGGCGAGAAAUCCACCAACCCGGUGUGCAACGCCCUCGUCUUCCCCUACUGCGUGCCGAAGAUGAUGCUGAAAAGGCCACCACUGGCGGACCCGCUGAGUGCCAGGUCCAGUGCUCGUGGCGCGGGGUCGGGUUCGGCGGAGCAUUAG